CUACGCACCCCCAACAACAACAGAACAGAAGAAACCUCAGCCCCCAAAAAAAGCAGAAUAAGAAAAUAUUCUUUCUUCUUUUCCCUGGAACCCCAUAAAGCAUAAUCACAAAGGGUGUCUUCAAAAACCGAAAUUUCAUUGGGUUGCAUAUAAAAGGAGGUAUCUUUGGGGGGAAGAGAAGAUAAAGGUCUAAGCUUUGUUUUGGGUUUCGGGGCAAUGGGGGAUUUGGAGAAGAAAGAGAGGGUGGAAAAGCGAAGGGAAGAAAAUGGGGAGGAAGAGAAGGAGGGGCUUUUGGAGGGUAUGGCGGUUUUGGAUUUUGACAUGCUUUGUUCCUCUGUGGCUUUGCAAAGCGCGCAUGGGACUUGGGGGAAGCUUGGGGUUGGGGAUGAGGAACAGCAAGGUGGGGUUUUGAGGAUGUGGGAAGGUGAACUCUUCGAUUGCUUUGAUGAUCGACAUAUCGCCUUUGAAUCUGCAUGUUGUCCUUGCUACCGAUUUGGGAAGAACAUGAAGCGAGCUGGUUUUGGUUCUUGUUAUAUUCAGGGUGUAGUUUAUUUUCUUCUCGCUAUCGGUGCCUUUCUUAACAUCAUUGCCUUUGCUAUCACGAGGCAUCACUACUUUCUAUACCUGUCAGUUGCCUUCUUUGUUACUGUUGGAGCAUAUUUAGGAUUUUACCGAACUCAAAUGCGAAAGAAAUUCAACAUCAAGGGUAGUGAUAGUUCAUUGGAUGAUUGCGUGUACCAUUUUAUCUGUCCUUGUUGCACAUUAUGCCAGGAGUCGAGAACGCUGGAAAUGAACAAUGUUCAAAAUGGCACGUGGCAUGGUCGGGGUGAUACAAUAUGUAUAGGUGGCUUAAGAGAUGGAAGUAAAGCACUCUAUGAGUUACGUCCUCCUCCUAUAGAGUCCAUCAAGCCUACCGAUGAAAAUUGCAUGGAAAAGAGCAUAAAUGUCAGUAAUGAAUCUUAAAACAAGGUAGUGGGGAGAUUUUGAAAAAAUGGUUCUUCAUCUGAAUUGUCUGCACUGCAUAUUUCAUUCGGAGUUCUCAUCUCAUAAAAUUUGAUGGCCAAGACAUGAAUGUAAUGCUUAACUUUUGGGUGGAGAAAAAAGCCCGUUUUUAAAACUAUCCAAGGAGGGAGGGAUAUGUUAGUUUGCAAAUGUGCAUAUAGGGUAUGCUAUUCUCACCUAAUGGGGUCUUAUUUUUACCAAACCCCUGUAGUAUAGAUUCAUCAGUGUUGAAAGAAUGCCAUCUUUAUUGUUGUACUAUUAUAAUGGAAACUUAUGCAUGCUCUCAUAUUGCCCACUUU